CUGGCGUGGAGAUCGGAUCCGGAAAGCGUUCCUUUUAGCCGCUGCUUUUCCCGUUCCGUCUCAGCCUUUCUCACCGACGCUCUCCUCGUUCUUCCUCCCCGUCCCGACCAAACUCCACUUCCUCUCCUCUUCUUCCUCUUCCUCUUCUUCUUCCUUCCCUCCCUCUCUUCUCUUUCUCCCCUUCUUCUUCUCUCCCCAUCCCCCCUCCCCAAUUCUUACUUUAUAUCCCCAGAUAGAUUAUUCUUCUGUCUACCCUUCCCCACAGUCAAGAUGUUCGCUGCUCGCCAGUCUUUCAACCUCUUCCAGAAGCGUGGCUUCUCCGUCUCUGCCAGCCAGCUCUCCAAGGUUGCCGUUCUCGGUGCCGCUGGUGGUAUUGGCCAGCCUCUCUCUCUCCUCCUCAAGCUCAACCCCCGUGUCUCUGAGCUUGCUCUCUACGACAUCCGCGGUGGACCUGGUGUUGCCGCUGAUCUGAGCCACAUCAACACUAACAGCACUGUCUCUGGCUACGAGCCCACCGCCUCUGGCCUCCGUGAUGCCCUCAAGGGCGCCGAGGUCGUCCUCAUCCCUGCCGGUGUUCCCCGCAAGCCCGGCAUGACCCGUGAUGACCUUUUCAACACCAACGCCUCCAUCGUUCGCGACCUUGCCAAGGCUGCUGCUGAGGCUUCCCCCGAGGCCAACAUCCUCGUUAUCUCCAACCCUGUCAACUCCACCGUCCCCAUCGUUGCCGAGGUCUUCAAGUCCAAGGGUGUCUACAACCCCAAGCGUCUCUUCGGUGUCACCACCCUUGACGUUGUCCGUGCCUCCCGCUUCAUCUCCCAGGUCCAGAAGACCGACCCCGCCAACGAGGCCGUCCCCGUUGUCGGUGGCCACUCCGGUGUGACCAUCGUUCCCCUCGUCUCCCAGUCCAACCACCCCUCCAUCGAGGGUAAGGUCCGUGACGAUCUCGUCAACCGCAUCCAGUUCGGUGGUGACGAGGUUGUCAAGGCCAAGGACGGUGCCGGUUCCGCCACCCUCUCCAUGGCCAUGGCCGGUGCCCGCUUCGCUGAGUCUCUUCUCCGUGCCUCCCAGGGCGAGAAGGGCAUCGUCGAGCCCACUUUCGUCGACAGCCCUCUCUACAAGGACCAGGGUGUCGACUACUUCGCCUCCCUCGUUGAGCUCGGCCCCAACGGUGUUGAGAAGAUCAACCCCGUCGGCCCCGUCAACGACUACGAGCAGAAGCUCAUCGAGACCGCUCUCGGUGACCUCAAGAAGAACAUCCAGAAGGGUCGUGACUUCGUUAAGGCCAACCCUUAAAUGAUUUGAACUCUCAUCUAUCAUGAAUAUGAGCAAAAUCUCUCCUGCAGCCACGUUCCUCCUUGUAUAACAGUCUAUUCAUUAUUCCUCUUUCUCUCCCUUCUUCACAUUUCCCAUCCCACCAUCGGCUUUUACAUCGGAGGAAUGUCGCCGCAGCAGCGCGGAAGCAUAGAAUCCGGGCUUUGAAUUUCAUCCCGAGAGCCUCGUGGGACCUGCGAUGGAGGUGGGGGGAAGUGGACAUGACGUGUAUCUCGUUUUCCAAUACAGACCGCAAAAUCGUGUUAAUGAUAACUACCCUUACGACAACAAUGGUUUC